AGUUCCCUUAUCUCAGAAGGCCAGAAGACGGCUGUCAAAGGUCACAGGGAAAUCAAAGGCGGGGUACAGGGCCAGAGGGAGGAGGAAACAACUUCCCGGUUGCUUUCAGACGCUUCAGAGAUCCUCUGGAGGCCUGGGGGAGCUUUUGAGUACUUUAUUUCAGUUGGUCCCUGAGCUCAGUAAGCGGGGCUGGUAGAGCCACCAGGGGAAUCAACAGUGGUUUCUCGUGCCCCUCAGGGUCAGGAGCAGUCUGAUCAAAAGGAGGGCAUCCACUGUCCGGGGCCAUUCCCACAGCUCCCGGAUGCUGGGUCUGGAGGCUGCGCCCUUCCCCUGCAGGAGCUCGGCCCAGUGGGUAGUCUGAAGAUGGCCAAUUACACGCUGGCACCAGAGGAUGAAUAUGAUGUCCUCAUAGAAGGUGAACUGGAGAGCGAUGAGGCAGAGCAAUGUGACAAGUAUGACGCCCAGGCGCUCUCAGCCCAGCUGGUGCCAUCACUCUGCUCUGCUGUGUUUGUGAUCGGUGUCCUGGACAAUCUCCUGGUUGUGCUUAUCCUAGUAAAAUAUAAAGGACUCAAAUGCAUGGAAAAUAUCUAUCUUCUAAACUUGGCAGCUUCUAACUUGUGUUUCUUGCUUACCCUGCCCUUCUGGGCUCAUGCUGGUGGCGAUCCCAUGUGUAAAAUUCUCAUUGGACUGUACUUCGUGGGCCUGUACAGUGAGACAUUUUUCAAUUGCCUUCUGACUGUGCAAAGGUACCUAGUGUUUUUGCACAAGGGAAACUUUUUCUCAGCCAGGAGGAGGGUGCCCUGUGGCAUCAUUACAAGUGUCCUGGCAUGGGUAACAGCCAUUCUGGCCACUUUGCCUGAAUUCGUGGUUUAUAAACCUCAGAUGGAAGACCAGGAAUACAAGUGUGCAUUUAGCAGAACUCCCUUCCUGCCAGCUGAUGAGACAUUCUGGAAGCACUUUCUGACUUUAAAAAUGAACAUUUUGGUUCUUGUCCUCCCCCUAUUUAUUUUUACAUUUCUCUAUGUGCAAAUGAGAAAAACACUAAGGUUCAGGGAGCAGAGGUAUAGCCUUUUCAAGCUUGUUUUUGCCAUAAUGGUAGUCUUCCUUCUGAUGUGGGCGCCCUACAAUAUUGCAUUUUUCCUGUCCACUUUCAAAGAACACUUCUCCCUGAGUGACUGCAAGAGCAGCUACAAUCUGGACAAAAGUGUUCACAUCACUAAACUCAUCGCCACCACCCACUGCUGCGUCAACCCUCUCCUGUAUGCGUUUCUUGAUGGGACAUUUAGCAAAUACCUCUGCCGCUGUUUCCAUCUGAGUAGUAACACCCCACUUCAACCCAGGGGGCAGUCUGCACAAGGCACAUCGAGGGAAGAACCUGACCAUUCCACCGAAGUGUAAACUAGCAUCCACCAAAUGCAAGAAGAAUAAACAUGGAUUUUCAUCUUUCUGCAUUAUUUCAUGUAAAUUUUUUACAUAUUUGUAUACAAAAUCGGAUACAGGAAGAAAAGGGAGAGGUGAGCUAACAUUUGCUAAGCACUAAAUUUGUCUCAGGCACCGUGCAAGGCUCUUUACAAACGUGAGCUCCUUCGCCUCCUACCACUUGUCCAUAGUGUGGAUAGGACUAGUCUCAUUUCUCUGAAAAGAAAACUAAGGCGCGGAAAUUUGUCUAAGAUCACACAACUAGGAAGUGGCAGAACUGAUUCUCCAGCCCUGGUAGCAUUUGCUCAGAGCCUACGCUUGGUCCAGAACAUCAAACUCCAAACCCUGGGGACAAACGACAUGAAAUAAAUGUAUUUUAAAACAUCGAUUUAAUGUAUUUUAAAAUAAUUUGUAAGUUGCUUUUAAAACCAAUUUAACUGCAUUCCAAAUUAUAAACAGCCCAUUUAUAUGGGAGUAAUUUUUCAGGCGCAUUGCCUUGCCGGUGAUGAGAAGAACUAGCUAGCUGGAAGCUGUGGGAAAAAGAGGUAAGGUAACUUGUUCUGUCGAAGUUCUCUAAAUUCUCUUGCUUACUUGCCACACCCCUAGGCCCCCAGCUUCCCCUAACCCAAGUUUUCUGGUAUUUUCUCGUACUUUAUCAAGACUAUGGAAUCUUAGGAGACUUAACAAAAGCAAAUGAGAAAUUAUGUUUAGAAAUGUCUAACAAAAUGAAUGCUUUGUCCUUUUAAGUAUAACACAUACCUCAGGCCUCACCAGCACAUAACUACAAAAGGUUGUCCCACUUCCUUUCUAUGGCUGAGUCAGUAGAACACAGGCUCCCACCUGCCACAUCAGCAGAAGGUCACCUCAACAUGUGAGCUACCUCCCCGGCGACCCCCCAGAUCUGUAAGGAUGAUGCAUCCUUGAUCCUAAAAACAUUUUCCUGUUCCUGGUGUUCAGAAUUGGACUCCACACUCACUGGUCUCUUUAUAAUCUUGCUUCUGGCCCUUUGAGGCCUCAAAGCUACCAGUGCCUUGCUGCCAGGGGACAAUCACUGCUCCCGGCUGAGUCCUGCAGACAUAGGGCCUGGGCUGGCUGCCUCCUCCUGCUGGCCCAGCAUCUUGUUUGCACUAAAGAGAGCUGGAGGCUUGGCACUGAUACUUGCUAAAAACCUACCCAGGCCACCCACUGUUGCUGCACUGCAGGGCACCAGCCCACACUCCUCCCCUCCUGGCAUCAGGCACAUGUUCACGGCAUUAAACCUUACAGGAAAGCAGUGGAACCCUGUCUUUCCUUCAUAGGAGGCACUUUCCUUCCUAGGCAAAAAUGAUGAUACCCAUGGGCACAGCAUCUCACAUAGGGACACAUAGAGAUGUCUGACUCAUUAAAACCCAAGUCUCUGGCCAAUUAAAAGGGGUCCUUAAUGUCCUACUCAACAGUGGUGGAAGGAAAUUUGCUCUAUAUUGAUGAAAUGAGGUGGAGAAAAUCUGAUUUUCCAAACAUGAGAAUUCUCCAUAUGCCACCCCAUAACCAAAGACCCCUUAUUUGUGUUAGAUGAAACAUUCAAAAAGCCUAUUAGGAUAGUGGAUGAGACCCCCAAGGGACAUGCUUAUACAACAAUAACUGGCUCCAAACCACACUCCAUGGCAGUGGCUCUCAAAUGCCAGCUCACAUCACAAGCCUUGUGCUAAAACACAGAGUUCUGGGCCCCAUCCCUGAGUUUGUGGUUCAGGAGGUCUGGAGUGUGACCUCAGAAUAUGCAUUUCUAACAAAUUCCCCAGGGGAUGCAGAUACUGCUGACCCAAGGCCCUCCUUCUGAGAACCACUGUUCCAUGGAGAAGAAACUCAGCUAAGUAAGGGUUUGGCUUUGUGCUGAAGACAAUGUGGAAUUUAGAGUUGGGGUGAAUUAUUCAGGAAAGUAGAGAGGUUUGGAGAUGUGAGGGUGGGAAGCGCAGUGGAGGGAGGCAGAGAGGAAAUACGAAGCAGCGUCAGUUGGAGAGAAAUUAGGAAGAGGAAUAAAAUGAUAUAUGCCAGGGAUUUCAGUUUUGCUGAGCCCAUGAUGACAGCCUCUUCUCUGGCACCUUGUGUCACUCAUUGAGAGCUUGUAGCUGGCUCUGCUCUUUCAGAGUCAUAAUAGGGCUAUGGGUCUGACCUCAAGGUGAGCUGGAAUGGGCACAAGUAAUAGAUAAAACUGCAAGAAGUCACUCAAGGGUCCUUCCUAGAACAAAGGAUCCCUACAUUCCAAAGGCGAAUGCCGGUCACUAUCAUAAAAGAAAAGAAAGAAAGAAACUGAUGGUGACAUUUUAAAUGGCAAUUUUUCUAGCUUCUAAUAGGUUGUGGAGCAACUGGAACUUUCAUACCCUGCUGGUGGGAAUGUAAAAUGGUAUAAUCACUUUGGAAAAAUUGGCAGUGUCACCAAAAGCAAAGCCUAUACCUACUAUCCAUUUCACUCCUCAGUAUUUACCCAAGAGAAAUGAGCAUGUAUGUCCAUACAAAGAUUUGGACCCAAAUGUUCAUGACAGCCUUAUUUAUAUAGCCUCAAACUAGAAAAAGUCUGUCUAUCAACAGGUGAAUGGAUAAACAAAUACUGGCCUGUGUAUCUAAUGGAAUACUGCUCAUCCACAAAAAGAAACGAGCUAUUGAGACACACAGGAGCAUGCACGAAAUCUCAAAAUGCUGAAUGAAGGAGGCCAGAUUUUAAUUUUAAUUUUUUAUUUAUUUAUCUAUUUUUGAGACAAAGUCUCGCUCUGUCACCCAGCCUGGAAUGCAAUGGUGUGAUCUUGGCUGACUGCAACCUCUGCCUCCUGAGUUCAAGCAAUUCUCAUGCCUCAGCCUCCCAAGUAGCUGUGACUACAGUCAUGCACAAGAGCAACUGGCUAAUUUUUGUAAUUUUAGUAGAGACAGGGUUUUGCCAUGUUGGCCAGCUGCUCUCACACUCCUGACCUCAGGUGAUCCACCCGCCUCGGCCUCCUAAAGUGCUGGGAUUACAGGCAUGAGUCACCGUGCCCAGCCGGAAGCCAGAUAUUUUUUUAAAGUACUUAUUUUGUGAUUCUAUUUAUAUAAAAUUCUAGAAAAUGCAAACAAAUCCAUAGCGACAGCAAAUCAGUGGUUGCUGGAGAUGUUGGAGGGGAGAGGAGAGGAAUAGAUUGCAAAGGGGAACAAGGAAAUUUGGGGGGACAGUGGAUAUGUCUGCUAUUUUGACUGUGGUGAUGGUUUCAUUGGUAUAUACAUAUGUCAAAAACGUAACAAGUUGUAUACGUUAUUUAUUAUGUGUUGACUAUACCUCAAAAAGGCUAUUUUUUAAAACCCCUCUCAGCCUCCAGGCACUCCAUUACGUUGGUGUGACUUGUCUUGGAAAUACACUCUGAGCAUUUGCUGGAGGAGAUCCAGUGCCUGGGCCUCUGUUUCUUCUCCCAAGUAGAAUUGGCAGCUAAAACGGGAUGCCCAUGGGCACAACCUGUCACCCCCAUCACCUACCAGGGAGCAGAAGGAGGCUGCUGGGGGUGCCCCCACAGGGAGCACAGUCUCAUCGGGAAUGACCUUCCAUGGCAAAUAAAAUCACCAGGGCAAGUCAAGGGAGAGACCAGGGAAGAGAGUGAUCCAGUCUAUAUUAAAAAAGGAUGAGAAAGAUUGAAGAAAAAGAGAAGAAGGGACAGAAAUUCUCUUCACACAUUUGCAGAAGUAGGUCCGGACUCUCCAUCCACUUCUCCUCCUCCGAUACGUAGGACAGGAAUCUCAGAGGAAAUGGCGUCAUCUUCCGAUGUUUACAGACACAGCAAUGAACUCAAAGAACAAUCUUAUCAGGAUUUUCCAAAUGAAAACAUGGAGCGUAUAGAGAAUAAAGAUCCGUAAACUCUUA